AGUCAGGGAGGGAAUCUGUGUCUUCGUCUCUCUAUUGUGCCGUUAUAAAUACGCGUGAAUUAUCCUCCUGCGGCUUAAGAAUAUUAUUCGGGAUUGUUUUGUAGUUGAGUUCGGUAGGUGUUGGUUUGGAUGCGUUUGGUGCUGUGAUUUUUGUGUAGUGUUACGUUGAAGGGUUCGGCCACAAUGGAUAUCUCGAACUGGAAGCGAAUUUUAAUGCAUUGGGCCAACCAGACUGGCCUGUUCGAGAGGACAUACUACAACAUGGAGCAAACAGAUGUGGAUUUGUUCUAUGAGGCGUUUCGCGGUCGAAUGAAGACGACCCCCAUAGAGCAAAUGGAUUUAGCCCUGUUUAUAAAAGAACAAUAUCCAGAAAUUGAACUCCACCUGGACGACGAGAACAAUAUAAGCUCCUCGGAUUACAUGUACAUUUACUCGCUUCUGCUACACUAUUCGUGCGUGAAAUGUCCUGAACCGUACUUCCACGAAGUCUGCCAGACAUUGCCCGAGACUUUUCAGCAGGCAAUAGCGUCAUUUUUUAAAUUCCUGCUGGCAAAUGAGAUUUCUAGUAAAGAAACCCUUCGGCAGGCUAUUUCUAGUUCGUCGCCGAAGAGCCCUAUCGCAUUUGUACCGUUUGUACCAACGGACAGUCCCAUUCGCACUCCGCGAAGUAAAAUAUCGCCGCCAACACCGAAGACGAGUAUGAUAGAGGAGCGAACGAAAGAGCUGAAUUUAUUGAAGGCACAUCUUGAGUCUGAACGGUAUGAGAAAGGAUUCCUUGAGUUGCAGUUGAAGCAAAAUGAGGAGAGAAUCCACAAGUUAACGCAAGAACAGAAGGCUCACCUCGCGGAAAUUUAUAAUCUUAAAAACGAAUUGUUAGUCCGCAACACUGAUGACUACUCACCAAAAAAAAGCUCAGAAAUCGAACAAAUAAAGAAACGAUUGCGUAAAAAUAUAGAGGAGAAAGAAGAAACUAUUCUAAAUUUGCGGGAAAAUUUGGAGACGCUUGGUGAAGAAAAAUCCUUAUUGAACGGAAAGCUGAGCUACGCUGAGAAACAAGUUAAUAUAUGUUUGGAGAGGAUUAAAGAAAUGGACUACGUUAUAAACGAUUUAAAAUCUGAAGUAGAGAAAAGAGAUUUGGCUAUUCAAUCGUUAACUGAAACAAAAAAUGAAUUAGAGUUAUUCAUAAGUGAGUCCCGAUCAUCAUCGCAAGGCUGUCGAAACGAUUUGAAUAUGUCCGCUGAAUGCCUCGACGUAUCGCUAUCGCGAACAACGAACAGUUCAGCGAGCAUACUCAGUAGUCCCGAGAAUCUUGGUGUAUCAGUCGUCGAUAUCAAAUUACGUGAGAAGGAAAUCGAAAACUCAACACUGUGUGAACAAAUUGAACAAAUGAAAGCAGACUCCUCGAAACUGACCACGCAUGUUCGAGAAUUGAUCGGUCGCUACGUCGAAACAUUUGAUAUUUGUAAUGAGAAUUCGGUUCUAGUUGAUAAUGCGGAUUUGCCCCAUACUUUUAUGGUUUUCGAGAAUUAUGUCGAAAAGAUGGUCAUGUCUUAUAUCAAAACGAAUGAACACUUGAAAACUGCAAAGGCGGAAAGUGCGGAAAUGCAAGUGCAGAACGCAUCAUUGGUUAGGCAGGUUUCUGAUCUUGAGCAACAGUUAGGCGUUUGUCGAAGGCAGGUUGAAUCUCUGCAAUCAGAUAAACUCAUCCUUGAGCAGAAGUAUGAAUUUUGCCUAGCACAGUGUCAAAAAUAUCAGGAAGAUAUCAAUCGUUUGGAUAAGAAACAUUUAGACGUUCAGUUGAGUUUAACUGAUCUUUAUAACACGUAUGAAAGUACGAAACAAACGUAUGAGGAAAGGAUGACAAAAUUAACAACAGAGAAAUCGAUGAUCGAAUCUCAGUUAAAGACUUUGACUCACGAUCUUGAUAAACUUACGGAAGAAAAGUCGACUCUCGAGAAAGAUAAUGAAAACUUUGAAAAGAAAAUAUCUCAACUUAUGGAAGACCUCGAUGAAAAAGCGAAGAAAAUUCAUGAAUUCGAAGAGAUCAAUGGAAAUUUAUUGGUCACGAUUGGAACACAUGUACAGGAAAUUCGUCGACAUGAAGAAAAGAUCAAUGAUUUAGAGGAAAAUGUGGUGAAAUUUGAAAAGACCAUUGAAAUUUUGAACGAAGAGAAACAUACAUUGUUGAAAGAGACCAACGAGAUGCGAUCUAACCUCGACUUCGCCCAGAAUUCCAUUGAAAAACUGAAGACAGACUAUGAACAUGGACUGGAAACAAAUACUCAGCUGAAAGAUGAAAACACCAAAUUAACUGAGUUAAUUGGUGAAAAGGAAAAGGAACUUCAGAAUCUAACCUCAAGCAAAAACGAACUGGACUCAAAGCUAGCAAAUUCUACUGAAACUAUUCAGGAAUUAAACGCAACAGUUACUCAUCUAAAGGAAAGUCGCGACCAUUUCGAAGAUGGCUAUGAAAAAAUGAAAGAAAAUAUUACACUGUUGAACGCACAACUUGCCGAGAAAAGCGAAACGAUUGCAAAGAAGGAAAGUGAUUACCAGAAUUGCUAUCAGGAGAAAGAAAAUGAGCUGAAAAACAUACGAAAUGCGUAUGAUGCGAGUGUAGUAAAUUAUGAUCUUAAAAUUCAAUCAUUGGAUAAGCAAAUCCAGGAUUUAACAUUAGAACAGGAAAAACUGGGCUGUCAGAUAACCAAAAAAGAUACAGAAAUCCAAAGUUUGAAUUUAGAUAUUCAAAAUCUGAGACAAGAGAACACUGCACUGACAGAUCGAUUUACAGCGGAAAAACAAGAUUUAGAGCAGAAGAAUACUGAGUUAAUUUCAAGAAAUUCUGAGAUUGAAACCGAAAUGAUGUCGAUUUUAAGCUUCUCCUUUAAUAAUGAAGCAUGCAAUAAUGGCAGCGGUCAGGGAGAUCAGAUAAGCCCAUCAGCAAUCGAAAACCCGAUGAAGUGUCUGAAGGAAAGGAUUGCUACCCUCCUGGCAUCUAAUUCAGAACUAGAAAAAUCGGGAGUAGAGCUUCGAUCAGUUAUUUCUGACCUUAACGAUCAGAUAAUUGAAAUCAAAAAAUCUAGCGAAGAUUUGAAUGGCAUCUGCAAAAGCUUUACGGAAGAAAUAGGACAGUCAGAAUCGAAGGUUAAAUGCUUAGAGGCGGAGAAAUCCUUGUUAGUGUCCAAAGUGGACGAAUUGGACCUACUGUUGAAACAGAGCGAAUUAAAAAUCGUGGAAGAGCGGGCAAAAUCUGAUGCAAUAAUUAAGGAAUUAGAUGAAAAAUGGAACAGUCUUAGCGAGGAUAAAGUGGAACUUUUGGCUGAAAAGGCUUCACUUGAAGCUAGGCAAAAAGAUUUAGUUUCAGAACUCGGAGAGCUACGAAUAACUUUGACUGAUCACGUGAACAAUGAAUCUGAUUUGAAGGAAAAAUUAAUAUUUUCUGAGAAACAGUUGACUGAUUCGAAUGGGGAGCGGCUUCAGCUGCAGAAAUCGCUUGAGGAGAAAGUUUCGACAAUCGAUCAUUUAAAACAGGAAAAUAAUACACUAAACGAACAGUUGUCGAAAUUGCGGCAAGCUGUGUCUGAUGAUCAGUCUACAAUAAAUGAUCUACAGCGUAAGGUCGCUGAGCUUAUUGAACAGGUUAAUGAGCUCAAAAACGCACAUACUGAAAUUAAAAAUGUGAAUAGAGAACUGGAAUUAUCUCUUGAGCAAAGCAAAUUGGUAAAAAGGAAUCUUGAAGAAGUGGAAGUUUCUCUGCAGGAAGCUUUGAAGGAAAUUUCAGAAUUGAACCAGUCGAAAGCAGUACUACAAGCAAACCAGAGGAAUUUGGAGGAAGCAGCCAUCGAUCGCGAACUGAAAAUGACUGAAAUGCAAGAAGUCAUCGUGGGGCAUGAAAAUAAAAUUAAAGAUUUAGAAGAGUCCAUACUGCAAAAGGAAACCAAUUUGAAGAGUAAAAUAUCAAAUUUGGAGUUAUCGCUAUCAGAGAAAGAGAACGUCAUAGAGCAGUGGCGUCAAAUACUCCAAUCUGCCGAUGAAGAAAGCAAAGAACUGAUUAAAAAACAUUCUAAUGCAGUAGACGCUCUUAAUACUCGCAUCCAGUCUUUGGAAAACGACAGGGCAGCUCUUGAAAGUACCAACAAGGCUUUACAAGAUAAUCUUGCUGAAAUGGAGGAGUCUCUUAAGCAUGCGCAAUCUGUGAAUGUGGAAUUACUUUCGAAAGUCGAUGAACUGAAAUCGUCAAAUCAUGACAGUACACAACGCGAAACCGAUUAUAUUAACCUUCAGCUCAAGUAUGUUGCAACUUGCGCUGAGAAGGAGCGGUUGAUGUGCUCCAAGCAGAAAUUAGAGGAAAAUUCUAAUAAACUCAAUAAACGUGUAGAAAAGCUUUCGAUUAAAUUGGGUGAUCUUCAAGCUGACAUGGAUAAAUUAGGAAAGGUCAAUAAAGAAGCUUCAGCUGAAAUAGAGACACUUCAAAAGGCUCUUCAGCAAAGUAAAGCACGUGGCGAAGAAAGGCAAAGUAAAUUUGAGGCAACUGAACGAGAUUUGAAGGAAGCUUAUGAAGAAAUAUCAAUUUUGCAGAGAUUAAAUGAUAAAGAACUUGCGAAAUGCGUUACUUUGGACAGAGAAUUGGAGAAGCUCCGCAAUCAGAUAGCUCAUGAGAAACCCACUUUAGAACGUGAUUUAAAAGUUGCCAAUGAAAAAGUUUCAAAUUUGCAGACACUCUAUAAUGAGGAAGUAGCGAAAACAGUGAAAAUCAAUAAUGAGCUGCAACAAACGCGUAUUCUGCUAGAAAGUAAGGAGAUGGAACUUAGAGAUCAAACUUCGUUUUUGCGUGGAGUAAAAUCUGAUCUAGACAAGAAGCUGGAAACUAUUACUAAAAUCAAUGCUGAGUUUGGAGAAAUAAAGCAUAAAAACGAAAGGCUCCAGGAAGAAAAUAAGCUUCUAAUAGGAAGAGUUCAACUGUUGAAUUCAACAGAGGCUGAAUUGGCUAAAACACAAAACUCUAUUAAAAUUUUGGAAUCUGAAAAUUCAUCCUUAAAAGUGCGACUUGAAGAACUUUCGAAUACUGAGGAGAAUCUCAAGGAGGCGACAUCCCAUAUUGACAAUAUAAAGCAUGAACUUGAACUAAAGGUUGAAAAAUUGUCCACCACAUUGGAAAAAAUGAGCAUUUCUUUUGAAGCAUCACAACGCGAAAAUGAAACUCUGGAAAAGGAAAAUUCUGAACUAAAGUCCAACAUUAAAGCUCUGCAUGAGAUUGUGUGCCCAAUCAAUGUCAAAACUGAAGAAAAAACCGAGUUUGGGAUUGAAGAGAGUAUAUCAGCUAAAUACAACAGCAUAUUACAAAAUAUCAGUGAGCUUAAGGUUAAUAAACAAAGUGUGGAAGAGGAACAUUCGAAAUUAUCAUCACAGUUUGAAGCUAGUCGUGAAGAAAAUUCCCAACUAACUGAUAAACUUUCAAAACUGUCGCUAAAGCUACAAAUACUAGAAAAGCAGAACAUUGAGUUAACAAAAGAAAUUACAGAUCUUCAAACUGCCUGCGAUGCACUCCAAUCCGAAAAGGAAGACCUGAAAAAGGAGAAUUCUAAUAGUAGAGCAGCAUUAUUGGAAAUGGAGAGCCGACAAAAUGAAAUACUCCAUGACCAUCUUGUCUCCCAAACUGAUCUCAAGGAACAGCUGCAACGCUAUGAAAAGCAACUCGAUGGACAAGCUGCUACAAUCGGAGAACUUGAACAGCAAUUAAAUCAGUUAAAGGAUGAAGAUAAGACUAAAGCUCGCGACUUCGCAUCAACGUCUCAACAAUUGGACGAUUUGGAGAAAAAGUGUCUAACUUUGGAACAACAAGUGGCACGCGAACAAGAGCAAAAUGAAAAGUUUAAAAAGGAUAUUUCGAUUUUUCAAGCCAAACUGUUCAAAAAUCGCCAGAUCACUGAGGAGAAGGAGAAGCAGUGGCAGGAAGAACGCAAUAAACUCAAGGAGGAAAUAAGAAAAGGAGAGGAACGUAUUAAGGAUAAUCGCUUAGAACUCGAGGGGAAGCUGGAGAAGAUGAAAAAUAAAAUGAAAACUCUUUACAACGAAGAGGUUACUAAAAUUAAAACUAAACAUGAACGUGAAAUUGUCGAAUAUAAGGCGAAGGUUGAGGGUCUUGUCACUAAGAAUGAGAAAUACGAACAAUACGUCCAGAAACUUGCCAAACAAGUCUUCAAUUUGAAUGAAACAAUUCUCGAACUACAAAAACAAAAUAGGUUUAUGGAAACCAAACUCAAAGAUCUUGAGUCUAUACCAUCAUCUACAUUGAGACGGCAAAGCCAAUUUGCCUCGCAAAUGAUUGGGUCAAACUUGCGCAUGGAGGACGAGGAAGGUGAAUUGUUCAAUAACACUUAUCUUGCCGAUUUGAAAAGUGGACGAGGUUCACCAUUUGGAAGGGAGUCGGUCAGUGCAAGCGAACUUCAUUAUCGGAAUUCUUUAGCUCCUUUACAUUUAAGGAGUACAUAUUUAGCCCAAUAUCCAGAGCAUAAUCUUCGUGAAGAAGAUAUUAAGGAUGUUCCAGUAAACCUAGAUGAUAGUUUAAGUUCAUUGCUUCAUGCUGGUCAACGGAAAAAAAUCUCAGGUACAACUUCAUAUAAAAAGCCUGGCCCACCAACACCAAGUAAAAAUGGAGGUCGUCUGUCAUUUGGAAGUGGGAAUGAACCGAUGAGAGAAAUACUGAAGGAAAGUAAUGAUAUUAGUGUAUCCAAUUCGAAGAAAAUGGCUACGCCUUCCAAGUUCCGGACUAUGUUUUCAUCUUACAAAAUGAAAGAUGAGAAUACGCCACCCAAAAGACGACUAAGCAAUCUCUUCCAAAGGAAAAAGUAGACAUUGCACCCUGUUGGUGUGCAUUCUGUGUAAUUUUAGAUGUAAUUGAUUUUUUGUUUAAUUCGACUAUGCCUUUUCAUGGUCCAUAUCCAUUUAUUGUGUAUAUUUUGAGUGAUUUGUAAAAAAAUUUACAUUUUAAAAUUUUUAUCUAUAUUUUAUUGAUGCAAAAUAAAUAAGUUUGUGUGUUACAAGUAAA